GUCGGAGUGGCUAGCCGCUUUAGCAUCAACCAUGCACGACAUAAGAAGCUGAUUUGAAGCUCCAAAAGGAAAAAGCCAAUAAAACCCAAAGGACUUCCUUUGGUAGCAGGGCAGUGUUUUAACAAGGGAGAGGUGGAUAAGGAAACAGGCUUUAUUAUAUUAUUCCUUAAACCUGUCUCUAUGAUUUCGUGGUUUCGUUCGUUGUAUGUGUGGGGUUUGGAACAAAACUAAGGCAAUACUUGGAAUUGUCGUAAACUAAGUUCUUCCACUGUAACAUUGUAAACUGUAACAUGAGCUCCUAUUUCGUGAACCCUCUCUUUUCCAAGUGCAAAGGCAGUGAAACGUUGGAACCAACUUACUACGACUGCAGGUUCCCUCAAGGCGUCACCCGGAGACACACGCUGGUGUACGGUGCGGGAGCGGCGGCGACGGGAUUUCAGUACCCGCCCCAUCACGUCCAAGCCUUCUUUCACCAUAGGACGCCGGCGAUCUCCACACCAGGCUACCAGCAGAAUCAAUGCGCCUUGGCUUGUCAUGGAGAUGGCACUACAUUGUAUGGAUACGAAGCCCUUCCAAAACAAACGCUUUAUGGUACCCAACAAGAGGCAAGCGUGGCGCUAUACCCAUACUGUAAAUCGUCAAAUGGCACUAACCUCGGAGAAGGACAAGGCCACCUAAAUCAAAACCAUUCUCCUAGUCUCAUGUUUCCAUGGAUGAGACCGCACGCCCCCGGAAGACGGAGUGGCCGACAGACCUACAGUCGAUACCAAACACUGGAGUUGGAGAAGGAAUUUCUAUUCAACCCUUACCUAACCCGUAAACGUCGGAUCGAGGUGUCUCACGCUUUAGGGCUGACGGAGCGGCAGGUGAAGAUUUGGUUCCAAAACCGACGGAUGAAGUGGAAAAAGGAGAACAUCAAGGACCAAUUUCCGUGUCAAAGAGUAGAGACAGAGAACGAGGGUAAUGGUGAUGGUGAGGGAGAGGGCGAUGAUGAAGGCAAUGAUGAUGGUGAAGGAGAAGAGGGAGACAAAAAGGAAACGGGAGUGGAAGAGGAGGCGAAAGAGUGAUUUUUAUUGCUCUUUCUUUUUAUGGUUAUAUUGCUUAAAAGUUGAAAGAUGGUCCCGGGAGAAGGAGAUCACAUUUUAUCACAACCGUUUUACUGAGUCAACAAGAUGAGAGAAAAGAACUGUUCUGGAUUACAGCAAAUGGCUCUCUCUAUGAGGAUAAUAACUACUAAUAAUGUUUAACUUAUACAGUCUCCAAACGCUGCAAAGGUUCUCAUAAUAUAAAGACCUGAAGCACUUGCAAAUAAUUUUGUUACGCAUAUGUCCAUAUCACAGAAUGCACAAGAGGAUAGAAUGCCUGAAAAUGUUUAAAUGUUCCAUCAAUGUUGUCAUUCGAGGAGAAGGGUUCAUUGUUAAUACACAUUCUUUGUACUUUUUUUCCUCGAGUAUUUUUAUGUGGGUUUGUGUGUGUAUUGGGAUGAUCGGAGUUUUAUUUUAUUCAUAACUGCCAGUUCCAAAGGUGGGGAAAAAAGGGUGGCAGUGGUUAAGAUCGUUCGGCCAGUAAGGGAUAUUUCAUGUUGUUGUGUCUCAAAUUUCAAUCUAUACGCCUAUUAUUUUCACAAAUAUAGGCCUACUAUUGUGUAUUGUAAUGUAGCCUAUAUUUUGUAAACAUUGUGAGCGCUGUCUGUUCUUUUGAUCGCAAAUGGUCCCGGGCCUAUUCAAUCCGAUAUCAAAACAAAACAAAUCGGAAAUUCGACAUAUGUGGAAUAUUUGUUGAUUCUUGACCUAAUUCUGGAAAUUGUAAGAUUCUAGAAGGCAGCAACAAGUUAUUUUUAUGUGAUUGUUAGCCUAUAUUCGUUUUAAAUAGACCGGGAACUCUGUACUACCUAGUAGAUCUAGAUGCACUUAAGAGGUGAAGAGGUAAAAAUCUACCAAGAAAACGGUUUUGUCAUUAGCAAUGUUGAUCUAUACAUUGUCACUGAAGGGACAAGCCAGUGCAAUGAUAGGCCUAUAACACAUUAUAUUGCACGAUACUUAUGGUGUUACUUGUGGCGGUAUAGUAGGACCUAUAUUGAUCUUCCAAACAAAUGUCUCUGCGCCAUACUACCUAGUCAGCUAAAGAACGGUGUAACAACAAUUGGUGUCCCAACAACUUAAACUGCCUUAAGUAAUGCACAUUUAUUUAACCAAUAUGUUAUAAUUGAACAAAUAAUUGUACUUCAGCGUUUAAAUAUCAUUAACCUACAAUAUUGUGCUGAUGCAAUAGACUCGUUUUUUAUUGCACUGAAUAUGACCUCUGUAUGUCUUCGUAUUUCUUGUUGUAUAAAUCAGCUUGAUUUCUUAUGUUUAAAAUUAAAGGAGGGUAUGUUGGUUGCGGGUGCACACACACUUGAUUGGCAUGAACAUGUUCAAAUAAAUGGAAAAAAUCUGAA